AGACAAGCUCGAUUCUUCCCAAAAUUUUAUUAUAAAAAUGUUUCUUGCAUCGAAUUAUGGAUUAAAGAAAUCGGUUAAACAAUUCCUAUUGUCGAUAAUUUCAAAAUCAUAAUUCCUCUUCUUUUUUUAGAAUGUUUUCCAGAAAGCUCGUUCAAAACUAUUUUUAUUGACUAUAAUCAUGUGACUGGGGAGAGAAAUAUUUCAAAUUCACUAUAUAAUUAAUUGUUUCAAAUGUCUUAUCAAAGGUUAGUUUUACGAUGUUUUACUAAGAAGUAUUUGCUUGACAAUCUAAGUUAAGUAAACAAAAAAAAUAUGAAAGAGACCCAUACCUUAACCGUGACAGAAAUGGAGGAACUUGAAGAAAUUCUGGAUAAUGCCGGUCCUAAAUUAGUAGUGAUCGAUUUCACAGCUCCUUGGUGUGGUCCUUGCAAGUUGACAGGAGGAACUAUGGAAGAAUUAGCUGGUGUGUAUCCUGACGUUGUCUUUAUUAGAGUCGAUGUAUCGGAGCUGGAGGAAGCAGGUUCCAUGUUUCAAAUAUCCGUUCUUCCGACGUUCAGUUUCGUCAGAAACAAAGAAAAGAUUGAAGAUUUCAUAGGAGGGAAGAUGGAAAAUUUUAAAAUGACGAUAGAAAGAUUAAGAGGAGCAAUGCACGCUAAUAAAUGAAUAAUUCUAAGCUUUCUUUAACUGUGACCUGUUUUGAGAGCGGAGGAUUAAGUGAAGAAAUAAAUAAUGGUGGUUGACAAAAUUUCAGUAAUUAUCAUUUAAUGAUUCAUACAUUUUAAGGAUACUUUAAUUGAAUAGUAAGGUUAGCCUCUUACAAGAUCGUAGCCAGAUAAAAAGUCCCGAUUGUGGUUGCAAUAAUUUUAAAUUAAAUUUUUCUUGUAGGGGUUGUGUUUCUGUUUUUUUUCUUUAAUAUUUUCUUUCAUAAUGUCGAAAUACUAAC